UUAUUCACAAUUGCCACCUACGCAACUUUGGUUGACGUAGCGGCUGAAUAAUUUUACUGCUUUGUGUAAAAAAAGAGCUUCCGCGGCCUCUAACAUCAGCCUCCAUGUUUGAGACGGUUCCAUAAAUUGCCGUGUGCGCAGGUUGGAUGGUCCAUUCACCUUUUCCACUCCUCGAAUAAUUUCCCGCAUUACCAGCAGCCAUCCAUUGCAAGCAAACAAUCAAGGGAGGAGGAAAGCAGGGAGGAGCAAUGGCGGACCUUGUGCUUGGGUUGGCCAAGUCGGCGGUGGAGGGGACGCUGACCGCUGCCAAGUCAGCGAUUGAGGAGGAGGAGAAGCUCAAGAAGGGUAUGCAGCGCGACCUGAUGCUCAUCUCGGACGAGUUCGAGAUGAUGCAUGCUUUCCUCAACAUUACCAAGGAUCGUGCCACUGACGAAAUGGUAAAGACCUUGGUUAGGCAGGUCCGCAACAUGGCCUUAGAUGUGGAGGACUGCAUCGAGUUUGUUGUCCUCAUGGAUAUCAAGUCCCACUGGUGGCGCCGCAUGCUCCCAUUCUGCAUGCUUUCAGCAGCGCCGGCUGAUCCACUGGGCGAUGCAGUCACUGCUAUAGAGUUGCUCAAGUCCAGGGUGGAAGCCAUGGGCCAGAGGAACGAGCGCUACAGGCACAUCGGUGCCUCCAGCUCCAAUUCUACUGAGAAGACGAAUCAGCAGGCCGUAGCCGAUGCAACGGCAGUGGGCAUCCUUAUCGAGGCGAGAGAAGCCAAGAAGAAGCAGAGCAGCCCAAGGGAUCUCAUCGAGUUGAUUAACAGGAUAGAUGUUUCUCCACUUCAAGUUAUCUCAGUGUGGGGAGCAGUAGGCGAUCUUGGGGUGGCAUCCAUCAUCAAGAAGACCUGCAACGAUCCAGAAAUCUGCAAAAAAUUCAGGUUCCGUGCUUGGGUUAAGCUGAUGCAUCCCUUUAAUCCCCAUGAGUUCAGCCGGAGUUUGAUGGCUCAAUUCUACACAAACUGUUGCCAGCAACAAGGAAGUUCCGUAGAUUUGCUUAAAUUUGCGGACGUGAUGAUGGCUAUGGAAGGCAAACGAUUCACCGACGAGUUCGUGAAACAAGUGAGUGACCAGAGAUACCUAGUCUUCCUGGAAGAUGUGUCCAGCACGGUCGACUGGGAGGCCGUCAGGGUAUGCCUACCAGACACGAACAAAGGUAGCUGCAUUGUCGUGCAUACCCAGCAGCUCGAAGUCGCAAGCUUGUGUGUCGGACAAUCACACCGAGUAUUGGAGCUGGAGCAGUUCUCAGAGGACCAUUCUGUUUGUGUCUUUUUCAACGAGGCUACUAAGAAGAAGCGUAGCGGCCCAAAAGAUCUCGUUCAUCUCAUCAUCAGCAAGGUAGAUGCUGAAAAUACUCCGCGUCGAAUUAUCUCCGUGUGCGAACAACCAGGCCAUCUUGAGGUGGCAUCCAUCAUCAAGAAGGGCUGUGAUAAAUUCCCAGAAAUCUGUGAAAAAUUCAACUACCGUGCUUCAGUGAAGCUGAUCCACCCGUUCAAACACGAGGACUUUAUUAGGAGCUUGCUGGAUCAAUUGUGCACAAACUAUUGUGCACAACAUGGAAGUGCCGAAGAUUUCCUUAAAGUGAAAGGUGUAAUGAUGAUUACCGAAGGCGAACUCAUCAAGGAGUUCGUGAAACAAGUGAUGAGCAAUCAGAGAUACCUCAUCUUCCUUGAACAUCUGUCCAGCAAGGAUGAUUUGGAUGCCGUCAUGGAAUUCCUACCAGACAAGAAAAAUAGUAGUUGCAUCGUCGUGCUCACCCAGCAGCUCGAAGUUGCACAUUCGUGCGUCGGACAAUCAGUAUUGGAGCUGCACCAGCCCACAGCUGACCUUUCUGUUCGUAUCUUUUACACUGAGGAUGAGGACAAGGACGAGGAUAAGGAUGAGGAUGUCAAGAAAAAAGAUGCAAAAGAAUGGUUAGACAAACACAAACAUGAACUUGUUGGCCGCAAGGCAGAUAUAGAGAACCUUCAGGCCAACAAUAGGGGGGUACGCCCCGUGUUUGGGAUGGCUGGUGUUGGUAAAUCAUACAUUGUCAAACACGUGUACUUCACAAAAGUGAUUGAAGGUUCUUUUGAGAAGUUUGGUUGGGUGGAUGUAUACCAUUCAUUCAAUAUAAGGGACUUCUCAUCGAGGUUACUCUUGGAUUUGCACUCGGGAUCUCUCCAACAUGCUGGCAUGUUGAGAAUCAGAGACCCAAUUCAAGCGUGUCGCCAGCUUCUAAAAAAGCAUGCUUGUCUCAUUGUUAUUGACGGUCUGCAGUCCACAGAAGAGUGGGAUUCGAUAAAAGCUGCCUUGGGCUUUGAACCUGACCAAACUCGAAGCCGUAUCAUCGUGAUUGCAAACGAGGAAAGUGUUGCCUCAUACUGUUCAAAAAAUUGGUGGAGCGUUGAAGGCCUAGAAAUUGAUGAUGCACUUGAGCUCUUCAAAAGAACGAUAACUAAGCGGCGUCACAGUUUUUGGCCCGCUGACCUGAGCCCCGCGGAUAUUGAGAGAGAAAAAUCUGUCCUACACAAGUGCGGCGGACUUCCAAAAGUGAUAAUUGCUGUAGCUCAUUUCAUUGCCAAUGGAUGGAGACCCAAAGAGGAUUAUUUUAUCCAGGUGUUGGAGAACCACCCAGCAUUUGGUAGUUUAAGGGACCUAUUUUCCUGGGUGGAUUCCUUCUUCCGUUCCUGUCCAGAUUCUCUCAAGCCAUGUAUCUUCUAUUUGUCUAUCUUCCCUGUGAACCAUAAAAUUCGGCGGAGGCGCUUGGUGCGGCGGUGGAUCGCGGAAGGCUACUCCAGGGACACCAAAGAUAUGACCGCCGAGGAGAAAGGGGAGGAGUCCUUUGAAAAGCUCUGCUUCCGAAACAUGGUCCAGGUGCCAGGAUCUACAAGUCUGAGCUAUAUGACGAGGAUGCCCUUGUGGCAAGUCAAUGGUUUCCUCCGUGAAUACAUCGUCUCACGGUCAAUGGAAGAGAACCUUGUCUUUGAACUGGCGGGGCAUUGUAGCGUGAAUUCACAGCGACACGCAGGACGGCAUCUCACCAUAGGGAGCACCUGGGACAGGGACAAGAGUGUGUAUGAGAGCAUCGACUUCUCGCGGCUGCGGUCAUUGACGGUUUUUGGUAAGUGGGAGACAUUCUUCAUCUCUGACAAGAUGAGUAUACUCCGGGUGCUGGAUUUGGAGGACGCAUCAUCAGUAACAGAUGGUGACCUUGAACAGAUGGUCAUGCUGCUGCCUCGCCUCAAGUUCCUCUCCCUAAGAGGAUGCAGAGAGAUCACUCGUCUGCCCGAUUCUUUUGGUGGUCUGAGGCAGCUUCAGACUCUGGAUAUCAGACACACCUCCAUUGUCAAGCUUCCACUAUGCAUCACCAAGAUAAAGAAGCUGCAGCACAUUCGUGCUGGCACUGCUGUGCAACUGGAUGACGACACGAGCAUUGUUGAAAGCUUACCACCAUCACCAGAAGCAGGAUCAGCAACAGCUACCCCCCCAUCGUUAUCAAUACCAUCGAUGAGAAGGCCACCUGCCGCUACACCAGUGUCCCGGUUCUGUUUUCCAGAGUCAUGGACACGCCGCUGGCAGCUGCUUCCUGGCUCUCAAAAUGGUGGCGUUGAGGUGCCCCGAGGGAUUGGGAAAAUGAUGAUGGUACACAAUAUCAGCGUCAUCGACGUCAGUGGCGCAAGCGGGCCGGCUAUCUUGGAAGAGCUGAAGAACCUUACCCAAUUGCGCAAGCUUGGAGUGUCUGGGGUGAAACCGGAAAACUGUAAAGAGUUGUGUUCUGCUAUCUCGGGCUAUGCACAUUUGGAAUUCUUGUCACUGUGGCUCGACAAGAAUCAAGAUGGCUGUUUGGAUUCCAUUUCCCCACCUCCUGAGGAACUACAGAGCCUCGAGCUUUAUGGGCAUGUCGUCAAGUUACCAGCGUGGAUCAAGAUGCUGUCCAACCUUAGAAAAUUGAAACUACGGUUGACUAUGAUAACGCAACAUGAUGUGGAUCUCCUCCGAGAUUUACCAAGCCUACACACUCUCUGUCUUUGUUUCAAGGACUUUGAAUGUGGCGAGCUCCGGUUCAGGGGAAAGGGAUGUUUCGGACGACUAUGGGUCCUCGAGAUUGCUUGCAACUCCAGGUUACAGUCUGUUACGUUUGCGGACAACACAAUGCUUGGGCUUGAGGUCCUGAAGAUCCGCUGCUAUAAUGUGCCAUCGUCCUUGAAGUUUUAUGGGUUAGAGAAGCUACGAGGUCUCCGGGAAAUCCUACUUAGCGGAUUGUAUCACGACAAAGUGAAGCAGCGCUUGGAGGACCAACUAAAAGGGCGUCCAAGGGAAAUGAAGCCUGUUUUGAAGGAGGAAGCUGGUUCAUCCCGAUGGGCGUUGAUCAGCUGAGCCCGUCAUGGCCAUUGCCUCUACCAUUCACGUUUGCAGGACUACAUUGGCCAAUCGAAUAGACACUGCUAAUCAUCCAAAAAUAUUAAGGAUAUGCAUGUAUAAAUGUCUAUCGUCCGGACAAUGGGAUUAUAUGCAUACAUGAGUAACAUGACAGCAUCCAGUCCAGUUCAUUGGUGUCGUAGUCUUUAUUAGUAAUAAGGAUCAGCUCAUAUGCAUUGUUUUUUGCAGAUAAAAUAAAAGGCCCUCAUUGUCUGUGUCCAUCGCUGUUGUAUUUCUCUCACAUAUUGUAAUUUAGUUAUGUAAUAUCUGGGGCCCAAAAGGGACUGUAAGCAGAGCAUGUUGUUUUUUUCUAAGCAGAGCAUGUUGUUGUUACUUAGGUAAACAAUAAUGUACGAUGCAACCCUCCUGUUUCAUUAAAAAAACAACAAUGUAUGAUCAUGGACA